GAAGUAUGAUUCUUUUAUUGUUCUGUGAGGUUGAUUAUACUUUUAGAUUUCACGGGUUUAAAGAAUCACGAGCAGCGGAAGUCACCACGCAUGAUAAAAUCACAUUUGCACCAUUUUCUUUUACCGCAGCAGUUACGCAACGGAAAAGGACGGAUAAUCUACAUUUGCCGGAACCCAAAAGAUAUUGCAAUAUCGUACUACCGUUUUAAGGACUAUGCAAAAAUACUUGACAAGGACUUCGCCACAUUUGACAGUUUUAUCGACUGCUUUGUCAAGGGCAUUGAACUGUACCGCUGUCCAUGGCAGAGGCACGUGUUAGAGUACUGGGAACAUAGGCACGACAGCAAUAUUCUUUUUCUACAAUAUGAAGAUGUUGUAGAGGUAUCAUACACUCAUUAUUUAAUUAAAAAGGACAUGCCUGCAGCAAUCAGAAGCAUUGCCAGGUUUUUAGGACGAGAGCUUACAGACGAUGACGUGUCUAAAAUCUCAGAUUACUGCUACGUUGACAGUAUGCGAAACAAUCCAAUGGUUAACUGGGAUUGCUGGAAAGGUGUCAAAGAUCUGAAUCUAAACGCCGACCUAGCUUUUAUCAACAAAGGUAAACCAGGCGGUUGGCGUGAUAUUCUGACAAAAGAACAGAGCGAGAAACUGGACCUGAUGCUUCAAGAAGUGAAGAAAUUUGGAUUAGAGUUUAAACAUAGCUCAUAGACAAUUAAUUCUUAUCUCUUAUUCCUCAAUUAAUUUACGAAAAUGCUUUAGUUAUAUUGGCGGUGGUUUCAUAUUUCCUAAUAUUUGCGAAAAGAGCAACGCGGAUUUCAAAACACACGGGAAUUCUAAAAGUCAUUAAAGAAACGCCACAGAAUAACUUUAUUCUUUUUGUAUUUCCCACUGUCACUGUACAUGUUAUACCCUACUCCUAAGUAUACUAUAAGAACCAUGGUCAUGAAUGGAAAAAUAUACUAACCGAUAUCAAUCGCGCAUUUCUCACCUAAAAAGCGUAGUUCGAUAAAUGUGUACUGUGGAUAUUGAACAAGUGAUAAUUUAUCUUCCAUUGUGUGUAGGUCACAUUCCUUCAAUAUUUCCUAUCUCAGAGAAACAACGCGUAAUUUGUAGUUUCAUCAACGUUGCAGGAGAAACUUGAAUGAACUUCCCUAAUGAAGUUCAGGUUCUACAUUACAAAACCAUUCUGAUUGGCUGAAGUGAAAAUGUAUGUCAGUCGUCGUUUAACUACACGUGUACGCUAAAAUGUGUAUAAAUGUGCAAUGUGAAUAAAAUAAACAAUACAAGUGUGUUCCAAUGUAUGACUUCAAAUUCAAAAUCAUUUCUAAUAUGAAUUUUAUUCAUUAUUUCAAAUUUUAUUGUAUAACUGUGAUUAUUUUGCAUUUAUGUUUUGUUUGUUUACAUUUUGCCUAACAUGUGCACACUGCUGUGACCUCUAGACCGGAUGUUCAUUAGGGAAGUUCACGCAAGAUUUUUAUGUAAAGUUGACAAAAGCAUCAAAUUUGCGGAGUAUCUCUGCAAUAUAAAAUAUUGAGACAAUAUAUGACUGGUGCACGAUGGCAGAUAAAUUACCGCUUGUUCAAUAUGCUUUAUAGCCAUUCAUCGAACUGCGCGUUUUAGUUGAGAAAUGUACGAUUCAAAUGGGUUAGUGUAUUUUCCCGUUUAUGACCAUGGUUCUUAUAAUAGUAUACUUAGGAGUAGGGUAUAACAUGUACAGUGGCAUUUUCUUUCUGGUCUUUUGCCAGUGGUAUUUCCAUGAUGGUAAUUAUACAUGACUUGUAUGAAAAAAAUGGAGACAUACAAGUAUUCAGGGAUGGCCUGAAUUUUCCACCUGUCACCUUGAAGUAUAGCAAGUAUUAUGGAAUAAUUUUCACGAAGUUCAUAUGGGAUGAAAAAGUAGGUCAGUAGGUUGUGGUUGGUCAUACCAAAUGAAAACGCGAAAUGUUAACAACACAAACAUGUAAGUGACGUGAAAAUACCCAAUCUGUGGCAUAAUUUUCUUUAGGAUCGGAAGCUUCAGCUACCCUAAUUAAGCGUUUGUAUGCGUUAAGAAUAAUUAGUCUUGUUUGUUUAUGUUAGUGCAUUAUAAUAAACUCGCGUUGCAGUA